GUAGUCUCUGAUCGCGCGUGCGCGCUUGACGUUCUCCCUUUCGCUGAAGCUUCUGCCAUGGCGCCGCUCAAAAAGCAGCCGGUGACGACCAAAGGUGGCAAGAAAAAGAAGCAAGUGCUGAAGUUCGCUCUAGACUGUACUCACCCUGUGGAAGAUGGCAUCAUGGAUGCUGCCAACUUUGAGCAGUUUCUUCAGGAACGCAUCAAAGUAAACGGCAAAGCAGGAAACCUCGGUGGUGGAGUUGUAUCUAUUGAGAGGAGCAAGAGCAAGAUCACAGUUUCUUCUGAGGUCCCCUUCUCUAAAAGAUACCUGAAAUAUCUGACCAAGAAGUAUUUGAAGAAAAACAACCUUCGAGACUGGCUGCGUGUUGUGGCCAACACUAAGGAGAGUUAUGAACUUCGCUACUUCCAGAUCAACCAGGAUGAGGAGGAUGAAGAGGACGAGGAUUAAACUGUUUCGUUUUGUAUGUUUAAAUAAACCAAUUUAAAAUGA